AUGGUAUCUUUAUCGAUGAAGUCGAUAUUCUCUACCGUGAUUUUGCUCCUUGCUUCUCCAGUUGUGGUGUGUGUCGACAGUGAGAAACAGCAAGAUCCCACGGAAACCUUACAAGAAUUUCAAGCUCGCAUGGCAUCUUCAAUCCAAGGCCUCCUUGCGCAACAGAAUCAAACUGAUGCUUUGUGGUUUGGUAUUUCAGACCCAUUUUACGGAAGGGUAUACUGGACGUUUGGAUUUGCCAACAAGGGAAGUAGCACACCUGCUACCGCGAACGAUCAUUUCCAGAUUGGAUCCAUUUCCAAAUCUUUUGGAGCAACUGUGAUUCUCUUACUGGCAGAAAGGGGCGAUUUGAGUCUGGUGGAUACAAUCGCCAAUCUCGCGCCGGAAUUGACAGCUCAAUUUCCUGUGUAUGCCGACUUUACUGUAGCGGAUUUGCUUGGCAUGCAAGCUCUAGUUCCUGAUUUUCUGGAUGAUCCGACCGGUCUCGUCAGAAACCUGACGGCUGAUCCUACCUUGCGUUUCUCUAUUCCAGAAAUGAUCCAAGCCUCUUUGCGUAGUGGACAAGUGGAGGUAUGUCCACAAGGGGAGGAAUGCGCUUUUUACAGUACUACCAAUUUCCUCGUUUUGGAGUAUAUUGCCGAGAAGAUCACCGACACGCCUAUGCCUCAAUUGAUUGCUGAUCUCAUCACCAAACCGUUGGACAUUGGUGAUACAGUGGAGCCAAAACGCGAUAGUGACGGUGUCUUACCAGACCCCACCGUCACUCCGUACGCGGGCAGUAAAUGCGUUGAAGAGUUUCAGCAGAGAGGCACUACCGUCGAUCCGGGUGCAGACUUGACCGAGCUAUCACGUGCCGUUUCCAGUUUUGGAAUUGGCGGAAAUAUGUACAGUACUAUCCGCAAUCUGGUUGUAUGGGCACAAAGUGGCACGGGCGAUUCUUUGUUAGCGAACAACACAGUCACAGAUCGUCACGUCUACCGCACUAUUCCAUCCACCGACCGAUCGUAUGGGAUGGGUCAAUAUCAGCUCGAGGGGAACUGGUACGGUCAUGAGGGUGGUACGUUUGGGUUUGGGUCGCAGGCCUACCGAAACGACUGUUUCAACGCAGCGUACGCUGCUGCCGUGAAUACGUGUGCGUACACGGACAUUCUUGACCAAUUGCGCGUUUUGUACCAAGCGGAGCUGGAAGGGCGCAUUACGGACACUGGCGGUAGUCCCACGAUGAGCCCACCAGAAAGAGAAAGGGGGAAUGGAGGUGGAGGAGGAUCUGGUAGUGGUGGUGGUAGUAUAGCUGUAUCUCCAGAGGCUUCGGAUCUACCAACGGCGGCCCCGGUCGGUGGCCCGUCCCUGGGAGCGACUCUUUGUUACGCUGCGUGCAUUGCCGUGAACCUUGUCGCCACGGUUCUGACUCUCCGUUAG